AUGGGUGUGAUUUAUACCCCUAAACUCCAGCUUGGCUCCAGCAGAGUGAAGUUUCAGCAACAACAGAGGCUGUCCAAGGCCCUGAAUAAGAAGGAGCACAGAGGCUGCGACAGCCCGGACAAUGAGAGCACCUACGUCCUCACCCCGAGCACAGAGGAGAAAUACAAAAAGAUUAACGAGGACUUUGACAACAUGAUGAAAAGUCAUAAAAUAUCCACAGGUCAGCCGCAGCAGCAUUUCAUGCAAGCAGCAUUAGGCAGCUCAAACUAUUGUCACGGUGCAGCCGGAGGAGGAGGAGGAGUGACUUCCCAGGUUCUGUCCGACAACGGGAUCCUCUGCUCCCCUCACACACAUCCUCAAAGGCACACAAACUCCUCACAAAGACCUCCCAGCACCGGAAACUCAGGUGGCCUGCAGGCCAGUUCAGAUCUGGCUCUACACAACGGAUCUGGAGCAGCUGUGAAUGGAUUCAUGGGGUCCAGUGAUGGAAGCAGCAUUUUGGGGAAGAUCGGUCCAACAAAGUCUCCUCCUUCUCUUCCACAUCAAGGGAGCAGCCUGAUCCCCAGCAGCCGCAAAACCGACCUCCGAGUGGUCAUCCCUCAUUGCAAAGGAAUGAUGCUGUUAGGGGGCGGGGUUAGCGCGAAUCGAGUCUCUGUAAUCGAUUUGCUUCAACCAUCUUUGACUGCAGCUGGUCUAGUAUUUAUCAUUUUAUCCCUCUGUUGGGCAGAUUACUCCCUGAGCAGUGCAGACAUGGCCGGCUUCAGCUCGGCCGCGGGCCUGGGCUCCAUGACAGCUUGGGAGCAGCACCAGCUCAGCUCCUUGGGAUCAGCAGGCUCCAAUCUUUCUGUCCACACCAACAUCAACAUCAAAGCUGAGCCCAUCUCUCCUCCACGCGACCACCUCACCCAGCCUGGAUACCUGACCCACCUCGCCGCACCUCCUCCUCCUCCUCCUCCUUCUGCCUCUUCAUCCACCCGGGCUGACUUAGGGAGGUCUCCCACCGGCAGCGUCAGCUCCUCCUGCAGCUCCCACGAGGACGGCAGCGACCGAGAGGAGCAUCAGCAGAGACGACGUCCAGACCUCCUGCUGCUCCCUGCAGGCCGGUCAGAGGGCAGGGAAAGCCCCACGGUGAAACGGAUGAGAAUGGACAGCUGGGUGACAUAAAAGACGACAUGGACGUCGGGAAAAAAUGCAGCAGGGACGCUUGUUAUGCAAAUAAAACAUUGGAUUUAAUCCACACAUUUUCCUUAAAUUAUGUUUCUUCUUUAUUUUUCUUUUCUGAGUUUUUCCUGCUUUACAGAUCAGAGUUUGGAUCUGAGCAUCUGGACAAUCUUUAAAUAAAACAUGGGACGUUAUUAAAUCCUAACUGCAGUACAAUCAGUUAUUCCUUAUCUGAUGCAAUGUGACAGAAUGACCGCCUGCCUCGUGGUCUUUUUUUUGUCUGUGUGUGUUUUUUGCUACAAAGCAGAUUGACUGAAUAAUUUCUGAACUUCUCAGGGUGAGAAACAUUGGAAGCAAUAUUCCCUCCGCUUACCGCCUGUAAUCCUUCCUUAUGGAAAGAAGAAACACCUAUUUAUAUCUGCCAAAGCCAUGUCUCAUCAUUUCAAAGCCAUCUCAGCCGUCUUCAUAUUUUUGUACAUAGCAUCUUUAUCCUGUAUCACUUGUAUUGUAACAACACAGUAUUGUCUGUUUUAUCUGACACUUUCCACCAGGUUUUGCAAAAAUACACUUUGAAAGAUGGUUCCUGUGUCCGUCUUCUGCUCAGUCACACGGUGACAGACAAAUUAAAUGGCCUCCCUGAUC